AUGACGGAUUCCAUUGCCCAUACAAAUAUAGACUCGCAUGUGCACACAUUCCCACUACACCGUGCGAGAAAGCCAUCAUGUGAAGUAAAAACAAAACAAACACAUCGACUGAAGUUCCACUCCAACUUGCGUGUCCCUUCACCACCGCCUGUUGUGGUUGUGGCUGCGGCUCCUGCCUCUACUACUGUUUCUGUGGCCACAACUUCUUCCCGAAGUGAAUUAGAGGAUCGGCUGCAGUAUUUACUUUUGAUUGAAGAUCGUCUAUCGCCUUCUGUGGUGGAGGAUGAUGUGCGAUGUGUGUUGGCAGAACUUCGAAGGCGACGACGCGAACGAAAGGCGGUGGCUCCAUCCAAAACACAUUCGUCUGGGAAUUUAGGGGCCGAUCGUCCACAUGUGACGGCAUUAGUACAAGCAUGUGAGUCGGCUAAUGAGAAUGCGGCUAUAGAUAUUUUACGUUCUUUCUAUCAAACUCAUUAUGUUCCUUCUAGUAAUGAAAUAGGAAGAUCAUUGGUGUACACGGCUCUAGCAGAAGCUCUUAUUAAACGCAAAGCGAGUGAUAAAGAUAUUUCUCAAGCCUUAUCACUUCUAGACGAUGCGGUGUCGGAAGGACAUGUAGGGGCCAUGCUGCAGGUUGGAUUGUGUCUCCGUGAUGGCAUUGGCGUUCCGCCGGAUCUCGUGGCGGCACUCACGUGGAUAGAGCGGGCUGCGGAUGCGGGAUACGCCCCGGCGAUGUUUGAACUCGGGGCCAUGUAUGAGGACGGCGUUGUUGUUGGAAAUGAUGAGUUGAGUGCAGAUUGGGGGGAGGCGGUGGUGUGGUAUCAGAGAGCGGCGGAGCAGGGCCACACAAUGGCGCAGCUGAAUCUUGGGAAAUUGCUGUGGAAGGCAGCAGCAGCAGCUCGUGAUGCUAUUUCAUCUGUUUCUGAAAAGGGAACUAUUUCGGGACUUGAGAAAAGAUCAUGGGAGUGGUUGGAACAAGCAGCAUCUUCUGGUAAUGAAGAAGCCGUUCGACUUCUUCGCCGUAAGAGAUGA